GUGAGACUGAGAAGCCACGCAUAAUAGUAUACUAAUACAGCCAUGUAGGCACAGCAUUUUUUACUUCUUUCUGAGUAGAAAUGACCGUCACUUCGUCUUCAACAACUGAUGUCAUUUUCAGUGAUAACUCGACUACCGGUACCGGCCAUACUCCAUCAAAAGCAUUCCGCAUACUAGUCAUGUACAUGUAGAUGUACGCUACUCUGUACUUUUUUUAGCUGGAAUCAAGACUGGUACAGUGGUAGUGCAGUGGUAGUAAAAGUCAGUAGUUGUGCAGACAACGAGUACGAGUACGUAGUGUGUCAGUGUGUGUGCAGCGGUUUUACUUUUUUGCUCCGUUACUGAGCUAUGUUAGCUAAUGAGUAUUGAACUGGUUAUCUACUAAUCUAGUUCUCUAGUUUCUGCGUCCGUGACCACGGAGACAAAGGGAGCAGCGGCCGGCGGUUCCACUCUAUCGCUGCAGCGACUGUCACAAACAGCAACCAUUUUCGAGGAGCUGCGAUCCCUUCGCCGCACGGCACAUUCCAGGCAGGAACUGGCCAAAAGGCGCUACUGUCUUCCCUCCACUAUCUGUGUUCGUACCGGUACGGUCGGUGUGACUGAGGCGCUCCACCCAGACAAGUCGCUGCUGGGACGACACCGGGGCAGUCGCGAAUAUGUCCGGUCUCGGAGAUGUGGAUCUGACCAAAUUGAAGGACCCAGGAGGUAUAUUUGAAUUGAUUGAAGUCGUCGGUAAUGGCACCUAUGGACAAGUCUAUAAGGGACGGCACACCAAAACUGGCCAGCUAGCGGCUGUGAAGGUGAUGGAUGUGGCUGAGGAAGAGGAGGAAGAUCUGAGACUGGAGAUCAAUGUGUUACGACAGCACUCUCAUCACCCCAACAUUGCGACGUAUUACGGUGCCUUUGUGCGCAAGAACCCAGGCAGAGAUGAUAGCCUUUGGCUUGUUAUGGAACUGUGCGGUGGAGGAUCAAUCACGGACUUGGUGAAAAGCUCAAAGACCCGUGCAUUACGGGAAGAUUGUGUGGCGUACGUUUGUCGAGAAGUCCUUCGGGGCUUGAGUCAUCUGCACAAGUGCAAGGUCAUUCACAGAGACAUCAAGGGCCAGAAUGUCCUGCUAACUGACAACGCAGAGGUCAAGUUAGUGGACUUUGGAGUCUCGGCUCAACUAGUACAGACUGUUGCAAAGCGGAACACAUUCAUCGGCACACCAUACUGGAUGGCUCCGGAAGUAAUUGCGUGUGAUUCUUUUCGCGAUGCAUCCUAUGAUAACAGAUGUGAUGUGUGGUCAGUUGGAAUCACGGCCAUUGAAAUGGCCGAAGCAGAACCACCGCUAUGCAGUAUUCAUCCGAUGAGAGCUCUGUUUCUCAUCCCGCGCAACCCACCUCCUCGCCUUAAGUCCCGAAAAUGGUCGCGCAACUUCCUCGACUUCACCGAGAAGUGCUUGAUAAAGGACCAUCGCAAGCGAAUGUAUACGGACGACCUACUGGCGAGGCAUGACUUCCUGAAAGACAUCAAUGACAAACAAUGCCGUAUCUAUCUGAAGGAUAUGAUUGACCGGAAGCAGCGCAGAAAGGCCGCCGAUGAUGGUUAUGAGUACUCUGGCUCUGAGGAAGAGACUGAAGAUGCUGCCGUGUCUGGAACAUUGAAGACAGUGGCCACACUAGGCUUUGCAGAGGAAGGCCAAAACACACUGAAAUCUAGUGCUGGUGGUGCGACGGCGGCAGCAGCACCUCCCGCUGGAAGUGUGAUGAACAAUGCAGCUGCUGCCGGGCCUGGAGCUGCAGCGGCGGGGGCAGGUCGCCCAGAGUCACUUGCACCUCAGUCCGGUGCUAACAUUCCAAACAAUCAGCGAUCUGGUGCAGCUGCUGGCAUCCUAUCUGACAAGCCAUCUCCUGUGUCAGGAAUGCAAAUGUUGCCUCAGGGACUGCAACAGGCUCCAGCACGACAUGCAAAUUCUGCAGCUGCUGCAGCCAGGUCAACAAGCCCGGAUGAUGAAGACGACGAGGAUCCGGACAGAGAUGGAACGAUACGCGUGAAUAACAUGAAGCAGUCUGCACCACAGGAUUACCAGUCAGCCAUCUCCAUUCAGAAUCUUGCUACAUCGCCCAAUCAUGCGCGCAACACAGAAGACGCUGGAUUCAGCUUCGACACAAUGGUGGUUCACGAUCAACAGUCUGGCGGAGGAGGACAUCGCCAGAGUGGUAGUAUACCUGCAUCUGCUUAUGAAGCUGCUCAAGCACCUGCCAAUUCUGGUCGCAGUGGUCCAUCCUCUGGACGGAGCAUGGGCUCGUCCAUACUGGCUCAGGGGCGGCAGGAUUCUUUCGGCUCUCAGGGUAGUCCACACCAAGGGGGCCGCAAGGAUUCCUUCGCCUAUGAGAGUCACCUGGAACCAGUUCCCAGUGGUCCCGUUGUUAACGUGAACCCGUCGACUGCACCCGGCAAAGGACCUGGCUCCAUGGUGCCUGAAAUUCGCAAGUACAAGAGCAAGUUCAACUCUGAGAUCCAGUGUGCAGCACUCUGGGGUGUUAAUCUCCUCGUUGGAACAGACAACGGCUUGAUGCUGCUGGAUCGUAGUGGACAUGGUCAAGUUUAUCCGCUUGUCAGUCGGCGUCGAUUCCAGCAAAUUGAUGUGCUGGAAGGUCUCAACGUCCUGGUUUCUAUCUCAGGAAAGAAGAACAAGCUGAGAGUGUACUACUUGAGUUGGCUUCGCAACAAGAUCAUCCGUGGAGAAGAGUUUGAUGCCCAUGGCAAGUCAGGCUACACAGAUGUUGGUGUACUGGAGAACUGCAUUCACUACAAAGUGUUCAAGUAUGAGAGGAUGCGGUUCCUCUGCAUUGGACUGAAAAACCGUGUGGAGGUGUUUGCCUGGGCACCCAAGCCUUACCACAAAUUUAUGGCGUUCAAGUCAUUCAGUGAGCUUCAACACAAGGUGCUAAUGGUUGACAUGCUGGUGCACGAGGGAACCAAGCUGAAGGUGGUCUUCUGUACUACACAAGGCUUUCACACUAUUGACAUGGACACUGGAUCUGUGUUUGACCUCGCUGUUCCGUUUCAGGGUCGUGGUGGUGUGGUACCACAUGCUAUCAUACCAAUGCCUGGUUUGGAGCUUAGUGAAGUUCUGCUCUGCUACAACCAUGAGGGUGUCUAUGUGAACUUCUAUGGUGAAGUGGUGCGUGACGUCAGACUGCAGUGGGGAGAAGCACCAUCAUCUAUUGCCUACAUUGGCCAAGGUAGCAUCAUGGGCUGGGGUACCAAAGCCAUCGAGAUCAGGAAUGUACACACCGGACAGCUGGAUGGUGUCUUCAUGCACAAGCAAGUGCAAAAACUACGCUUCUUGUGCGAGAGGAAUGACAAGGUCUUCUUCGCUUCGGUCCGGUCUGGUGCAUCACAAGUCUACUUCAUGAACUUGAACCGUGGAUUUGCACACCACAACGACUAGUGCCACAGCAGCCUGAUUACUUUGCCUGCACCCUGGUUGGUAACUGGAUGGUUAGUGUUGACAGUGUGGGGUGAGCCACACUAUACCUCUUGCUGAACAGGUGCUUUUGCCAGUGUUGCCUUCGCUCUAUUGUCAGUGGGAACUCUGGUAAAAAGAGAAUUGUAGGAUGUGGAAUCAGCUUUGUACUACUAUCUAAACUGAAUGAUUAAAGCAGGUAUGGCUCUGUGCACGGAUCAGUUCCUUUUCUUCUUCCUCUGAAGUAGCAUUUAUAUGCAUGCAAAUUGUAGCAUUCCAUAGUGAGCAACAUUUCCCCAAUCAUGCACGCCCCUCCCAUGUCCAUGCUUGCGUACAACAUGUGAUUGACCAGACUUUUUCCAUUUGUCUGUUCCUUUUGACAAUGUACCAUAUAUUUUCCACUUAUAAAAAUGUAUUUUCUCAUUAUUUUCUAUGAUUUCUCUAAGUUAAAAUGCCAGUAAAUACUAUGAGUGUCUUGAGCAAUGUCUUCGGCUAUUUUUGUGCUGCAAAUAUCUGUUCUCCUAUUUUAUGAUGGCCAUAGCAGUGGCUUGUUGUAUACUUCUAGACUUUGGUCACUGAAUUGGCUUGAUGGAAUGCCAGGUGCAGCCAUACACGCAUGUGUGCAGGCGGUGUUCGUACAUCGUGAUUAUGUCGCUGUCGAUUACGAUACGAUUUGUAUUAUUAUUAUUAUGAAUGAAUUAUUACGAAUGAUCUAUUCUAUGAAAACAGUUUGAAACACA